GGACCCCGGCACGGCGAAUAUUCGUGGUGCGCUGCUACUCGCAUGUGAGCGGUAACAGCGCUGCGGCUCGGCGGCGGCAGGCUGCGCGGCGCGGUAAUGAUGUCAGCUGGUUAUUUACUUUCCAACCCCGAAUGACCGAGCAGGGCGAAAGGAGAAUCAAUCAGCCGCCGGGUGACCCGCCAGGCGGAAAAAAACCUGAGCCUGGCGCCCGCCGCCGCCGGAGCGGGGGAGGGGAAGCACAUGGAACCGGGCCGCGUUGCAUCAUCCGCUCGUCGUGGGGCUGCCCGCCGCCUGUCUUGGGGGCGGGGGGAGGGGAAGAAGGACGGGACACGCACGGGGACGGGGAUGCUGGAGGCUAAAGAGCAGCAGCGUUUCUGCCUCGAGGGUGUUGCAUUCCCAGCAAUGAGCAGUAGAGCCGGUUUCUGCUGAUUCACAGUUAUGGAGGCCGUGUCAGCCCGCCUCCCCCCGCGCUCCGGGGUGCUGCCCGCAACCCUGUCUUUGCAUCACCGGCGGCCCGGGGAGAGGAGCCGGGAGCGGUGGCGGGGUGAGCAUCCGCUGUUGUGCCCCAGCUGUGCCUUCCGGCGCCGGGCAGGGGAGCACCCCGGGGAGUGGAGGAUGGGCCCGCGGACUUCCGUACCCUGCCCCCUUCGGUGUGCAAAACAAAACGUGGUGACGAUAGUAAUAAUUACAAUAAUAAUAACAGUAACCAUGAUGCGUGCCUGUUUAUCUGUGAGGGCCUUCACAUUGCGCCUCUCUGACGGGCGGCCUCUACAGAGCCGCGCUUGGUGCACCUCAGAGUGCACCUCCACCGGCCGGAAACUUAAUAAAUAGUAAUGCUAAUAAGGGUGAUAGCCGCCGGCAGCCGGGCCGGCGGGAGCGUGUGCGCGGGGCCGGGGAGCCUGCGGGCGCUGUACGUGUGUGGGGGAGGGCAGCUGUGGGCCUGCGUGUCCCCGGCCGCGAGGGGCGGCUCCGCGCCUGGCUGCCGGGCUCGCACCAGGCUGGCCGGGACCCCGGGGGAAGAGGAGUUGCACCAUGCGCUGCAAGUGAGGGAAAGUCUCCGCCAGCGCCGCCCGCCGAAGUUGAGGCUUUCCCUCGCCGCCCGCGGGAGCGGGAGCUGUGCCUUUAACGCCCGCUGCGCGAGGUACCUAAGGAUAAAACUAUCCUGAAGGGAAAAUCCAAGGGAAACUGGGGAGCCUGACUGUUCUUUUGCCUGACCCUCUCAACUGUCAGAUGCGGUGAUCUCCAUGGUAACUCAAACCCCCAGACUCUUGACAGCAGCCUGCGAGGAGCAGCAUUCAGCAGCUCAAGGGUCUCACGACCAGAGCGUGGAUCACACUUCUCGUAAACCUCAUCAUAUUGAGGUUGGGCUAAGAUGAGCAUAACCAGUGACGAAGUGAAUUUCUUGGUGUAUCGCUAUCUCCAGGAAUCAGGUUUCUCGCACUCGGCCUUCACCUUCGGUAUUGAGAGCCACAUCAGCCAGUCCAACAUCAAUGGAACACUAGUGCCACCUGCUGCACUCAUCUCCAUCCUCCAGAAAGGGCUCCAGUAUGUGGAGGCUGAGAUCAGCAUCAACGAAGAUGGUACAGUGUUUGACGGCAGGCCAAUAGAGUCCCUGUCUCUGAUCGAUGCGGUGAUGCCUGAUGUUGUUCAGACCCGGCAGCAAGCUUUCAGAGAGAAACUAGCUCAGCAGCAAGCCAGCGCAGCGGCAGCAGCGGCAGCAACGGCAGCAACGGCGGGAGCAACGACGACUGCUGUUUCCCAGCAGAACACACCAAAGAACGGAGAAGCCACUGUGAACGGAGAGGAGAAUGGGGCACAUGCAAUAAAUAAUCACUCAAAGCCAAUGGAAAUUGAUGGGGAUGUUGAAAUUCCUCCUAACAAAGCAACAGUCCUUCGAGGCCAUGAAUCAGAGGUGUUCAUCUGUGCCUGGAACCCUGUCAGUGACCUGCUAGCUUCUGGAUCCGGAGACUCAACAGCCAGAAUAUGGAAUCUCAAUGAAAACAGCAACAGCGGUUCCACUCAGCUAGUUUUGAGGCACUGUAUAAGAGAAGGAGGACACGAUGUCCCCAGCAAUAAGGAUGUGACUUCAUUGGACUGGAAUAGUGAUGGAACACUAUUGGCUACAGGCUCAUAUGAUGGUUUUGCAAGAAUAUGGACAGAAGAUGGUAACCUUGCAAGCACCUUAGGUCAACAUAAAGGUCCAAUAUUUGCCCUGAAGUGGAACAAAAAGGGGAAUUAUAUUUUAAGUGCUGGUGUUGAUAAAACAACAAUAAUUUGGGAUGCUCACACAGGAGAAGCUAAACAGCAAUUUCCUUUCCAUUCAGCUCCUGCUCUGGAUGUAGACUGGCAGAGCAACAAUACUUUCGCCUCCUGCAGCACUGACAUGUGCAUUCACGUAUGCAGACUUGGCUCUGAUCGUCCUGUUAAAACCUUUCAAGGACAUACAAAUGAGGUUAAUGCAAUCAAAUGGGACCCCUCUGGCAUGCUACUUGCAUCUUGCUCCGAUGAUAUGACAUUAAAGAUUUGGAGUAUGAAGCAAGAUACCUGUGUACAUGAUCUUCAGGCUCACAGCAAAGAGAUAUAUACUAUCAAAUGGAGUCCUACAGGACCAGGCACCAGCAAUCCGAACUCCAACAUCAUGUUAGCAAGUGCUUCAUUUGAUUCCACUGUUCGGCUGUGGGACGUCGACCGAGGAGUCUGCAUCCACACGUUAACAAAACAUCAAGAGCCUGUCUACAGUGUAGCUUUUAGUCCUGAUGGAAAGUAUCUAGCCAGUGGGUCCUUUGACAAAUGUGUCCAUAUAUGGAAUACUCAGAGUGGAACUCUAGUACAUAGCUACCGAGGCACCGGGGGCAUCUUUGAAGUCUGCUGGAAUGCUAGAGGAGACAAAGUGGGAGCAAGCGCAUCAGACGGAUCGGUUUGUGUCCUAGAUCUGCGGAAGUAAAAGUGAAGUGUUUUAGAAGAAAAUUCAAAUGGACCAGCAGUGAAUGUGUGGGGAGAAGCACUCUUCAAAACUAUUCUUAACAGCUCCAGAACUGUACAAACUUGAACAAAGUUAGAGUGUACCACGAAACCAACUCUCCCUGGCCACAGGUGUCUAGUAUUUUGUUCAUAACCUUCAUCAAGGAGUAAAAACACAGUCACUUCAGAGGGGGAGGGAAUGGUUUCCACCUGAAACAUUCAGUCUUGGAAGCAUGAAGCCACCAGCUAGGCAUUGCACUGUUUGGUUUGCAUCUGAGAACUUGCUCUGAUGGCUGGGGAAAAAAAGCUGUGCCAAAAAAAAAAGAAUUAAAAAAAAAAAGGAAAGAAAGAAAAAUGCUGUGAUAAACCAAAAGGGAAAAAAAAAAUCCUCCUCCAUGUGGUGUUGUAUUUUUUCCUUCCAAUUUGGACACUACAGUUGCUCUCCCAAAGGACGUUCAAAGACCAGUUUGUACUGAUGAAAUGCUCAACUUUGUAAUCACAACACUUUCUAUUUUCUAGACUACUUUUUUUGUUCAGUGUUUUUUCUAUCAGCUGGAAUAUUACAGUCUGGAGGAUCCCAGGCUUAGGAUGAAACUUCUAUUUUCCUUUUAUUUCUCCCUUCCACUCCCAACUUCUCCUUCCUGUUCUUUUCUCCUUCCUUCUUACCUUUUUUUUUCCCCUCUAUGCCCAUAGUAGAUGCAGCCAGGUGGACAUGACAUGAAAAUUUUUGACAGACUGCUUCUCCUCUCUCCUCUCUCUUCCUUUUCUUUUCUUUCUCUCCGUUUAAAAGAAAAAAAAAUCCUCCAUGCUUCAGAUCUUAGCGUCUCAAGGGCACUUUCAGCAAAUUAUGUAAUAAGUGCUUUAUAUAAGAGUGCAGUGCUGGGGAAGAUUUUUACAGGAGAAAGAUGACUUUUAACAGAAAGAACCCAGUGUAUUUUUGGAAAAAAAUAUUUUUUAUGUUAAACAGUUUUAAAAGCCUAAAAUGGCCACCAAAUGUAGAUCAGUUGUGUAAUUCAAGCAAAAAGUAUGACACAGAGUGCAAGGAACAUGAAAGGUGCAGUAUCCUUUUUUCUCUUCUCUCUCAGAAAGUGCUGUAAGAAAAAAUGCCAUUUGAUAAAUAAAUGCCAGUCACUUACUAAGAGUCCUCUUCCAGCAGCCAGCCAUUUGUAGUGCCCUUUCAUUUUUGUGACUGUUUGAUGAGGUACACUUAUUAAAAGGGGUUUGUAAGAUUGAGACUAUAUAUACGUAUAGCAUUAAUUUUCUUAAGUCCUUAUUUUUGUUUAUCCUCAAUAACCAGGGGAAAACAUUGCUGUAUCUUCUUUCCUCUAGAAAUACUUCAGAUUUCAUGCAGAACAUGGGUUUGGCUGCCCACAGCCUCACUGAGCAGUGCUCUGUCCUCUGCUAUUCACUCCACUCAGCUGUUUCUAUUCCAUUAAGUCAGUGGGAUUUCACUACUGACUUAUUAAGAGCAGCUGAACCAAGAUAUAUUGACUGCACAUGUCACUGUUGAAGAGUGGACUCUUGUCAAGCACAGCACACUCCUGUAAGGAGGCUUUUCCACUGCGUCUGGCAAGUAUGUCAUGCUGCUGUCACCCUCAGCUCUGUGUGUGCUGCCUGCUGCAAAGAAAGAUCUAAGUCUGCAGCUGGUGGCUCACUGUCAGCCCAGACUGGUUUAGCCUUAUGGAUAUCCUCAGUGCAGUGCUCAAAAGAUAAUGUAGAACUCUCUGUUAGGUGGGGACUUGGUAAGGGAUGUAUAAAUUAUAACUCAGCAUAUAUAUAUAUAUACCACUAUACAACUGUAUGGUGUGUGGAAUGAGUGCUUCCAGAGGAGAUUUCCUUAGUACAAACUAGACAUCUGCCAGGAUACCUACUGAAGAUUCUAUUAUUCUAAGAGCAAAGGAAGGAUGCAAAGGAUGCAUAGGCAGAGUUUACUGGAAGUGCUGUAAACUGUAAAGCAACGUUGGGAUAGUGGCAGCUGUUACUUAGACAAAUCCUUAGAACUGGCUGAGUCUUUUCUAGCCCAGAGGCUCAGCUAGACUGCUCUUUCUAAGAGAGAGAAAAGGCAGUGACAAGGGAAUUCCCUCAACAUCGUGUACCUUCCCACCCAAAGCUGCUAUUUCUGCAACACAAGCUCAUCCCUUUGAUCUCAGCACAGCUGCUAAAAUGGUGAUUUGAUCUGGCCAAAACUAAAAACAGAGCCCUAGCACUCAAGUGGCAAUGUAAGGUCUGCCAAGCAUUAUGGCAUCAUCAUGGCAUUGUGGAAUCUGUGCAUCAUUUUUUUUCUCCUGUAUUUUCCUCUUUUUAUGCUUGCCCUCCUGUACAGUAUCUUAAUCCUUCCAGCACAACUCACUACUGCCUGCUUCAGCUGCUUUCUUGAAGCUGAACAUUUGAGAAGGAUGAAAAUGAAUAACUGCUAAAAGAGCUACCCAGUCCUAAGGUAAAAACAGUUACGUGGCUUUGGGUUAUUACUGACAGUUAGGCUUGUUUGGAAUUUACACCAAUAUAGGGGAUUAUUUUUGGUGUCAACUGCUUUUAUGUAUUUGAGUUAGUGUUCUGCUCCAAGUGCAUGGACUGCAGAUAGCACAUGGUAGUUUCGAACUGUUCCAUAAUAACCACGUGUACCUACUAGUUUAAAGUCACUACUUAAAAAAAGAGUACUUGUUCAAAAAGAGACUUGAAUUUGAAUGCAAAGCUCAGACCUUUAGUGUGGUUUUAUAGAGCACAGUUGGGUCGAUGAUUUGAUUCCAGUCAUUGCAUGUACACAGUUAACUUCUCAGGCUGCUUUUGGGUGGAGUUCCUGAGAAUAACACAGGGAAGCUCCCUGGCUGCAGGCACUGGAGGGCAGCCUUAAUGGGACCCGGGCCUUUCCUCUGUCCCUUGAGUGAUCCCUGAACAGGCCAGAUCUCAGGAUUUGAAGAGCUCAGGUUGCUCAGGCCAGGUUCAGCAAUGCCAUGUGCCUGGCUGGCUACUUAGCCUGUGUUUUGUGGUUAUUUCCAGGAUAGCAGCUAUAGGUAGCUCAACAGUGUCCGUGAUGCCUGUUUGUUUUUCCUUUUCCCCUCUUUUUGGAUUGUCAGAACACCAUCCUUCCUCUGCCCAUCUACAUGGAGGUAGGAAGCCAAAAGAAACAAAAUUUGAAAAUCAGUUAGUUCCCAAAGCUUAUGUGUGAAAGAGGUUGCUGGUCAGAGAGGCUUCUAUACAGACCAUCAGAUUUGAAAGCAGUGCACGUGAGUAGCUAAGAAAAUCCACCUUUACUCCCUUUCCCAAGACUCUUAAUGACUUGGACAAUCGUUAGAGAUACUGUAGUAGACAGUCUUCAGCUAUAAUAAGGGCAGCUAUUAAGGAAGGCAGAAGAUGUAGUCAUGAAGAUUAAUCCUAGCCUAAGGAGCUGGUUUCUUUAGAAAGUGGGCAGUGGGAAGAGAGAUUCCCAGGCUGUAGUUCGACAUGAACUACAUGUCUAGCCUAGACCCACAGAGCUGCCCUCCUGGGAGCUCUCACUUUCCCACUGUGUUGCAGUGGCAUUCCCUGGGUAGUGCUGCCUUUCUGCAGCUCCCCUGCAACAGAACAGUGUGAAGCAAUGGGCUGGUGGACUUCAUUUUUUCAUACAAUAUUUUUUUUCUUGUUUUCAUUACAAUGCUCUGUAAUAGGAGAGAAAUUGAAAAGCCUAAGUGACCAAGCAGGAUUGUGAAACCGUUGAGAGACUUACUGGAUUUCUCUCAUUGCUGGCUGCCUGGAAGUGUGUGUAGGGGGGGGUAAGUAGUUGCUGAAAAACCACUCGACUCUCUGGGUUAGAAGGAUACUGAAUCUUUUAUGUAGGAAACACUGGGUCCCUUAUGGGGCACUAAAAGGCCUGAUUUACAGGGUUAUACACACAUUAACCCCAUGCUACAUCUUAGAAAUUUCCUUUUAAUUUGUUUAAAAAAAAAAAAAAGAAGAAAAAGAAAAAAAAUAAAAUAAAAAAUAGGUAAUUUUAGAGCCAAGUGAAGUGCACUUUGUCUAAGGGUCUGCUUUGUUUUUGGGUUUCUUUUUCUUUUCCCCUUUUCAAUUUUUCCUCCUUUUUUUUUCCUUUUGCCUUUUCAAAAGAUGUGGUUCUUUGUCUAUUGCAGAAAUAUUCUUUCAGCCACUCACUGAAAUUCUGAAUUCUGGCUUCUGCAGUUUUUAUUGUCUGUGUCAGACUUGCAGCCAGACUUGGUUCUCAUUUCAGCAUUUCCAAGGUUCUGUUGAAACAACAUCAACCCUUAUUUUGUUUCUCCUCAACCCACACUUUCUUCAGAUUCACCUUGUGUAUUGUAGCUCAUUUGUUUUAAGGAGAGAAUCAACAGAUCAUAUUCAGUGUCUUGAAUAAAUUGCUAUAUUUUGAUAUUAGAGAA